AUACUUAGUAGGACGUGUCUCUAUCAAGUGCGAGUAGGAACGGCUGGGUACGAUUCGUUACUACGAGACCAUUUCUGUUCACAAUGGCACACAACACCGAUCUCAAUGACUUCUUCCUUUCUUGUAUCUCUAUCGCUGCUCAGCAAGCCUCGGGCGGCCAAUCGCCCGUUUCUCCCACUCCCACCCUCGUCACUCCCGUCUCUACCUUUAGAAAGCUCGACCUCGACGAGGACAACCAGGACAUCGCCGCCCCUCAGUCCCGUCUUUCCGACUCCUACCCUGCAGCUUUCACCGACUUCUACGGCCUGCCCAGCAACCCUCCCUGCGUCUUCAAAACCGGCGAUGCCUGGCCUGUGCGCACGGGUCCUGAGGCGCAGCGCAUUCCGCAAGAGGCCCGCCCCGUGUGUGACCAUCCGAUGCAAGACCGCUGGCUCGAUGUUGGCCAGCUCAUCUGCGAGCACCUUGACUCCCGUGACAUCGAGUGGUCGUCGAUCGACCCCGUUCGUUUUGCCGAGGCAGGGAAGGAGGAUGUCAGUGCACUCUAUCUCUGGAUAGGCGUGAUCCCUGGGACUCUCGUCUUCGAGGCUGCCAAGGCGGCAGCCGAGGGCUGCAAGGAUAUCCUGGCUCGAGAGGGGUUCCCCGACGUCGAGGUUGCAUUCCGCGAGUCUGUUGUCACCCAGUCUGCUGCCCAAAGCUUCUCUCCUUCGACCCCUCUGUCGACCCUGUCCCCGAGCUUCGUAGCGCCUUCACUCCCACGCUUGGCAUCCAGAUCGCUCCGCUCAAGACACCUUACUACGAGGGCAUGGGUGCCGUCUACCUGCGCGAGAGCAGCCAGAGCGACCGCGUCUUCCUUCUCACCGCCGGCCACGUCGCUCACCCGCCUCCCGCACACUAUAAUAAGCUCCUAUCGCGCAAGAACAGCAGCCAGACUCGUCAGCAGAUCGUCGUCCUUGGCACCAAUGCCUACACUGUUGCCAUCAACCGUAUGAUGAGCACUAUCGGCCAUGAACUUCUCUUUAUCAAGACAUGGGGCGAGGAGAUUGAGAGGUUGGGUCCAGUCAUCGAGGGCGAGGCGCCCAGGAGGACUCGCGCGCGCAAGGACUACGAGGACCUGGUGGAGAGGGCGAGGAGGAGGAUUGAGGACGUAAACGGGAUCCAUGACGAGGUCACCAAGCACUGGACAACUCCAAACCAACGUGUGAUCGGUUACGUCGUCCACGCCCCUGCCAUUGCCAUCGACGACGGCCCCAAGCACUUCACCCGGGACUGGGCCCUGAUUGAUCUCUACCGCGACAAGAUCGACUGGGACACUUUCCAGGGUAACAAGGUAUAUGUCGGCGGCAAGAUUUCGUCGGCCAACUUUAUCCUGAAGAUGCACCCUCACCCUGAGGGCCGAUCCGACUUCAAGUACCCCCCUGGCGGGCUCCUCCAGGUCAGAGGCGUCGUAAAGGACGACGAGAUCCGCAAGCCGCAGCAGCUUGAUGCCAACGGCGAGAAGUGUCUGAUUGUCACCAAGAACGGAAAGACCACAGGCACCACUCUUGGUCGCCUCUCGGGCAUGGAGUCGUUUAUUCGCAGGUGCCCCGAGCACGGCAUCAAGAAAACGUCGAUCGAGAUCGCCGUCUAUCCUUACAGCAAUAAGGACGGCGCCUUCUCUGCUCCCGGCGACUCUGGCGCCAUAGUGGUCGACUCGAAAGGCCGCAUCGUCGGGCUGCUCGUCGCCGGUGCCGGCACGACCGAAGAGACCGACGUAACGUACCUCACUCCCUACUGGUGGAUCGAGGAGCAGAUGAAGAAGGUGUUCCCUAACUGCUUCCUCUACGAAAUCGUCGACUAGCCUCUAUCCUCUCUAUCCACGAUAUAGGUGUAGGAGCACAAAGGUAUCAUGUAUGAAGCCUUAAGUCCCCAGUUGCGUGUGUGGGAAGGAACCCUUACACAAAUGGGGAUCUAGGAAACGAAAGAAAAGAAAAGUGAUAAGGCAAUUCGCAGCACAAUUCUACCCCUACAUACAUACAAAAGCGCACCGAUCACAACUAAAAGUCGAAUCCCUCUUUGCGGAAAUCAUCCACAUUAGCUACCAGACGUCGCCAUUUCGGCAAGGUCAGACCGAUUCUACCAGAAGGAGUUAGUGUUCACAGCAUUCAAGAGCUUCAAGGGCGCUGCUCACCAUCGUUUGGAAAGUUCUCCGGAGGGUCGACCACAGUUGUUCACUCUUAGGUCCAGCCGAUGAAUCUUGCAUUACCAACGCGCUGAGGAAGUGUUCUGUUGCCUCUUUGUGGGCACCGAUGUUCAAACCUGUCAUGGAAAGUGGACGAAAAUCAGUCACAUGAUAGGCACGAAUUGUCAAGAACAUACAAGCUACGCCGACGUUGUAAAUAGCGCGAGUAUAUGUAGGGCGACGCUGCAACCAUAGAAUGAAAUCCUAUUUGAAACAUUC